GCUGAAGUAUGCAGAAUGGAAAUGAAGAAACGCCAGGUUAACCAUGCCCGCCAAAUCUGGGAUCGAGCCAUCACUACCCCCCAGGGUCACCAGUUCUGGUACAAGUAUACUUACAUGGAAGAGAUGUUGGGGAACGUUGCUGGAGCACGUCAGGUGUUUGAACGCUGGAUGGAGUGGCAACCGGAGGAACAAGCUUGGCAUUCCUAUAUUAACUUUGAACUGAGAUACAAGGAGGUGGAGAGGGCACGCACUAUUUAUGAGAGAUUUGUCAUUGUGCAUCCUGAUGUUAAGAAUUGGAUCAAGUAUGCCCGCUUUGAAGAGAAACACAGUUACUUUGCCCAUGCAAGAAAAGUAUAUGAGAGAGCAGUGGAGUUCUUUGGAGAAGAACAUAUGAAUGAGCAUUUGUUUGUGGCCUUUGCAAAAUUUGAGGAGAACCAAAAAGAAUUUGAGAGGGUGAGAGUGAUCUACAAAUAUGCCCUGGAUAGAAUUCCAAAACAGGAGGCCCAAGAACUCUUCAAAAAUUACACCAUCUUUGAAAAGAAGUUUGGAGACAGAAGAGGCAUUGAAGACAUUAUUGUCAGCAAAAGGAGAUUCCAGUACGAAGAGGAAGUGAAGGCUAAUCCCCACAAUUACGAUGCAUGGUUUGAUUACUUGCGGUUGGUUGAAAGUGAUGCAGAUCCCGAUACCGUACGUGAAGUUUAUGAAAGAGCCAUUGCCAAUGUUCCACCAAUUCAAGAGAAGAGACAUUGGAAGAGAUACAUAUAUCUCUGGAUCAACUAUGCAUUGUAUGAAGAACUGGAGGCAAAGGAUCCAGAACGAACCAGACAGGUAUAUCAAGCAUGUGUGGAACUCAUUCCCCACAAAAAGUUUACAUUUGCCAAAAUGUGGCUGUUGUAUGCUCAGUUUGAAAUAAGACAGAAAAAUCUUCCAUUUGCCAGAAGAGCUUUGGGAACGUCCAUAGGAAAAUGCCCAAAGAACAAACUAUUUAAAGGCUACAUUGAACUGGAGCUACAACUGCGGGAGUUCGAUCGCUGCCGGAAACUGUAUGAAAAAUUCCUGGAGUUUACACCUGAAAACUGCACGUCAUGGAUUAAAUUUGCUGAGUUAGAAACCAUUCUUGGUGAUACCGACAGAGCCCGGGCAAUAUACGAAUUGGCUAUUGGUCAACCUCGAUUAGACAUGCCAGAGGUUCUUUGGAAAUCCUACAUUGACUUUGAAAUUGAGCAAGAAGAGUAUGAGAAAACAAGAAACCUUUACCGCAGAUUGCUUCAGCGGACACAGCAUGUCAAGGUAUGGAUCAGUUUUGCUCAGUUUGAACUUUCUGGAGGAAAAGAGGAGAGCUUGCUAAGAUGCAGACAGGUAUACGAAGAGGCUAAUAAAACAAUGCGAAACUGCGAAGAGAAGGAGGAGAGACUCAUGCUUCUGGAAUCCUGGAGAAACUUUGAAGAGGAGUUUGGAACAGAUUGCAAUAAAGAGAGAGUAGAGAAACUUAUGCCAGAUAAAGUCAAGAAGAGAAGAAAAUUAAAGGCUGAAGAUGGGUCCGAUGCUGGCUGGGAGGAAUAUUAUGAUUAUAUCUUUCCAGAAGAUGCUGCCAACCAGCCCAACCUCAAACUGCUUGCUAUGGCUAAACUUUGGAAGAAACAGCAACAAGAAAAUGAGGCUGAAGAGAUGGAUCCAGACAAGGACAUUGAUGAGAGCGAAUCCUAACGCUCCAUUUCUCCUCCGCUGCCCCCGUGCAUUUGAUUUUUGUACAGUAUUUAAUCUGAGAUUGACUGAAUAAAUGUAUUUGAGUAACUUUUUAA